AUGACGGAUGAUGAUGAUGAACAAAUAAUAAUGGGAGUGGGUUGGGCAGCAAAUAAUAAUGGGAGUGGGUUGGGCCAGUCUCGUGCAUGUGGGCUUGUUCAUGACCAGAUUCACCAUUUCCACUGCCUCCCCAAUAGCUUAUCAUCUCUGGAUCUGAGCGAUAAUGAAGAUGAAGACGGCACUGUGAUGGCCGCGGCGGCUAGCGAGUCGGAGAUGGCAAUCGAACGCACUCUCGUUCAGCGCCGUCGCACCUUUGACGGCAGAGAACGCCGUGCGCGGUAUCUCGUUCAGCGCCGUCGCACCCGACUGGGAGGCUCAGUUGUCGGACGACCAGUGGACCGAGCGGCUCCGGAGGUUGAGGAGGCCAUCCGCCACCACCUCUGCACCUGA